AUGAACCCGGUCAUGCCUCGGAUAUCGUGGGCUAGGGGUCUUCAGUCCCUGCACCGGGCGAGCUCGUCAACAUCGCGUAAGACCGCCGCCGCCGCCGCCGCUCGCCACAUCUCGACCACGCCCGCACGGAGCAGCAGCAAGAACACCGAGUGGGUGCGCAGCAAGCUCUGGAAGGACGGCGACGCCCCCGGCGCCGCGGACCCGUACACGCAGCGCCCCGACGACGUGCCCGAGGACUCCGCCGUCACGCGGUUGCCGCAGCACCCGGCCCUCGAAGGCAGCGAUCCCGCCGACCGGCGACCCCUGGCCGUGCGCCGCUCCCGGCUGCCGUUUCCCGCCAACAGGAACGAGGCCGCGACCCCCAAGGAGGUGGGCGCCACCGACCCGGCGUAUGAGCCGGCCACGUCGCUCGAUGACCUGGCGGACCUGGGCACGCUGCGCGAGUGGUGGGACCAGCCGGGCCACUGGAGCGCGGAGCUGGACGGGUUCGCGGCGUUUGCCAGCCCGGCGAGGGUCACAGACCGCGCUGCCAUCGAGGUGUACUACCGCCGGGCGCUCGUGGAGGUGCUCGCGCUGCGCGAAACGGGCGCGCUCGGCGAGUGGGCGACGCGCCGGUGGGCGGAGGGCUCGCGUGACGACCUGGACGCCGCUCUCGCCGUGGAUGUCGUGGUCCGGGACGGGGAGGCCGGGACGGUGCUCAAGGGUAAUGUGGCUGCCGUCGCCGACAGCUUGAAGCAGACGCCUGACGAGGCUGCUGCGGUCGAGACCCCGCGGCCGGAGCGAAUCUCCAGCGAGGAGGCUGCAGAGCUGGUCAAGGCAUGGGACCCCUCUUGGAAGCGUAUUGCCGUCGACGAUGAGACGAAGUUUGCUCUCCGCAAGCGACUAUAUCAGCUCACCGGAAACCUGGUCCCCGACGCGAAGCUCGGCGCCGCCCGCACCGUUGGGCACCUCAUCGUGCUUACCGCCAAACGGCCCAAGGCGAAGCGCCUGGCCGAGAUCUUGCAGCGGACGGAGGAGCUCCAGCAGCUGGCCAAUGUCACGCUGCACGACCGCAGGGUCAGCUCCAUCGACAAGGAGGUGGCCGUCGGCCGCUGGAAGCUCAUCGAGGAGGAGCUGGUGAAGCGGGAUCUGCCUGUCACCGGUCUGGCUGACGUGUCGAGGAACAGAGAGCAGGAGCGUCUCCUUGGACGGAUAUAA